GCCUUUUUUGGCAAUUUCCCAUAUAUAAAUUUACAAAUCACUCACAAAUGUCCCAAAACUCUUUCUUUUUCUUCGUCCAUCAACUUCAAUUUUCAAUCCAUGGAAACACUAUUUCAAAGAAUCCUCUCUGCUUCUAAGAAGAAUCCAUCAACUCCAAUUCCCAAUCCAUGUAAACCCUAUUUCAAAGAAUCCUCUUUGGAUCUCCACAAAUUUCCUAAAUCACGGCUAGCAGCACCUUCUUCGAAAUUGUUGCCGGCGCCAAGCAUGAUUGGUUGUCGGGGGAUCAAGAUGAUGGGGACCGGGAAGAGGAUUGCGAGGAUGUCGGUUUUGGAUACGGAUACUAAAGAGGAUAUGGCGGGAGUCGACCACGGCUUUGGUGGCAACCCAUUGUCUCCCCCAUUUCAGUCUCAUCCCACAUCUCCUCCUGGAUUUUAUCGUAGACUUCUUCCUUCUCCUCCCGCCAUAGAUUUUGCUUCUUCCGAUGGAAAGCGCCUCUUUAGUGAGGCUCUUCGAGAUGGAACUAUGGAAGGGUUUUUUAAAUUGAUUCCUUACCAUCAAACCCAAUCAGAACUUACUUAUUGUGGACUCACAACCCUUACCGUUGUUCUCAACGCUCUUUCUAUUGAUCCUUGUAGAAAAUGGAAAGGACCGUGGAGAUGGUUUGAUGAGACUAUGUUGGACUGUUGUGAACCUUUGCCAAAGAUCAAAACUGAUGGUAUCACAUUUGAUAAAUUUGUGAAUUUGGCUCGCUGCAAUGGAGCUAAAGUCGUAGCUUUUAGGACUAGCGAAAGCACUGUUGAUGAUUUUCGUAAGCAGGUCAUAUCAUGUUCAUCAUCUGAAGACUGUCACGUGAUCAUUUCAUACCAUAGAGGAGUUUUUAAGCAGACUGGAGCUGGCCAUUUUUCUCCAAUUGGAGGUUAUCACACCGGAAAAGACAUGGUUCUCAUCUUGGAUGUUGCACGUUUUAAAUAUCCUCCUCACUGGGUUCCACUUACUCUAUUGUGGGAUGCCAUGAAUAAACUUGCAAUAAGACUACCUAGAGGGUACAUGAUUUUAUCAAAGCUAACCAAGGCACCAGGAAAGGAAAAUGGGUUGCAGAAAUCCGAGAGCUAGAGAAGAAAGGAAGACUGGCUCUCAAGGAGAGACAUUGGAGCAACUGCGAGCUACUGAACUCUCCAAACAUAUCAAACAGUUUGUUGGCAUCUGGGACUCUAUAUAGUGACGCACCAUCUUCAUUUUGGUUAAGAAGGUAAAGUGGGCGAGGAAUUUGCAGACUUGUUGGGGUUAGAUCCAAGACAAUGGGCUCAACUUUAAGAAGAAAAAGAUAUAUUAUAAUAAUAUGAUUUUGUGUUUUGUGGUAUUUAUAUUGGAUGGAACAGGAAAAUUGUAAAGAUUUGAGUGUGAUCGAGGGGUUCACAAGUUUGAUUCAGAUUCUAAAUAGAUUUGAGACUACAUUAUAUUGACGAUGCUAAAGAUAGGUAUGAUACUCGUAAUUUGAAGUGUCCUUGUAAUGUUAGUAGAUUCUAUUUCUUUCAAAUGUAUGAUAGAUAAUUUAAAGAAAACACCAUUUGAAGAGA